GCUUUUUCCAUCUCUAUUGUGCCGAAGAUCGCAUUGUUUUUGAGGUACGAUUUUAAAUUUUGCCGGAAUGAGCUUUCGUUCGUCUCCGCAGGGACGGCCACACCCAAUGGCGGACUAUAAGUCCAUCCGGCCCUCCGAAUUGGAGCAGCUCUUCGAAAAGAAGUUCCACUAUCAGAAGCCGAAAGGAAACACAUCGUGGCAGUUGCCGCCACCGGAUCAGGCUCUCUUCAGUGAGUUCUACCAGUUCGAGGCGCUGCAGGGACUGCGCGAGCAGCUGAAUGCGGUUAAAAGCAAACUUAAUGACUAUGGAGUACAGGAAUGGAGUGCUCACACCAACAGGCGGGACCCUUCUGGCGAGGUGUCCUGGCGCCUGAAGAACGACACGAAGGCCGAGUUUGUAACUGUGGCCUGGUGCAAGUUGUUCGAGUGCCUGCAUCGUUAUCCAUUGGUCACGAAGCCGGCGGUCCACAGUAUGCAUCUCUGCGAGGCACCCGGUGCCUUCAUUGCAUCUCUGAACCACUACCUUCAUAGCAAAUAUGAAAAGAAUGAGAUUAAAUGGCGCUGGCGCUCAACUACAUUGAAUCCCUACUAUGAAGGCAAUGCCCUAAACCAGAUGAUCAGCGAUGACAGGUUCAUCUUCCACACGCUGGACAACUGGCUGUUCCACAAAGAUCUCACUGGAAAUCUACUAGAUGUGGCCAACAUUGACCACCUGGUGGAACGUUGUGAGUUGGAGUUCCAGGGACAGGUGGAUCUUGUCACUGCCGAUGGUUCCAUCGAUUGUGCCGCACAGCCUGAUUGCCAGGAAGAGAUAGUGGUUCGCCUGUUCUUUGCUGAAGUACUCAGUGCCUUGAGAAUUCUCUCAAGUGGCGGUAACUUCCUGGUGAAGAUGUUUACCCUCUUCGAGGCUUGCAGUGUAUCUCUACUUUACACACUCAACUGCAUUUUUGAGGAGGUGCACAUCUUUAAGCCGGCUACUUCCAAGCGGGGAAAUUCGGAAGUGUAUGUAAUCUGCCUGAACUACAACAAGGACCAUCCCGGCUUGCAUCCUUUGCUAGAGGAGAUAAAGAGCAAGCUUGCUCAGCCAAAUGACACAUUGGUGAUGCCAUUGUUUGCCAGGUCCCAGAUCCCCCAGGACUUUCUCAUGCAGCACGAGAUUGCCUGCCGUCUGUAUAUGAAGCUUCAAACGGAUGCCAUCGAGGGAAGUAUCUAUGCCUACGAGUCCAAUGAUCGUCAUUAUCUGAGACAUCUUCAUCACCUGCGCAGCCUUGUCUCCAACACCUACUACAGUCUAUACAAAGUGAAGCCCUUGGAAGAUACCCUGUGCAUCGUUGACAAGGAGGCCACAAGUAAGGCUCUGGGAUUCCAUGUGCCUGUCUAUGGCGGAUCCUACACAGAAAGGGAGUCCUUGAAACACGGUGACCUUCUCAAGCAGAUUUACUGCUUGCGCCGGGAAUUUAACCAACUGGAGAAGUGUCUUAACAAUAGAACAUCAUAUUCAUACGUUAAAAGCAGAGCAGCACCCUUGAAUCUUCAAGUUUCCCGAGGAGCUCCUGUUCAGAGCCUGCAAAGCAGCAUGUUUGCCUCGGAACCAAUACUCAUUCUGCGCCUUCGCAUCCUUGACACAUUUGAUCUCGACCCUGUCUGGCAGUCUGCUCCAAAGUGCCAAUUGGGCAGCAAGACACUGAGCUACCUGCCACCAACAGAAAACGAGGCCUUCCACACGGCCCAGCAGCGCUUUUUCAUUGAUCUCCUGGAAGCAGUAAAGGAACUGAAGUCCGACAGCAUUGUCUUUCACAAGUUCCUGUUUCUCACCCACUAUGCGGCAUCGCUGCUCCUAUUUCUCAUAGAGAGCGUUUAUCAGGACUGUAGUUUUAAUAGCAAUCUAGCGCAAACUCUCACGUUGAGUAAGCUUAAAGAUACGGCUAACAGUGCGUUGGAACAGGUGCUGGAACUCAUUAAGGACGAGCGGGCGGGGGCCAUUCACAGCCUGCUGGACAUUAAGGAGCUUCAGAAGAACCAGUUCAGCAAGGCCCUCAUUCAGCACAACCACAGCAUGCUGAUGACCUGCUUCCGUAACAUGUUGGGCGAGGAAUCAUUUCCCAUGCCCGUGGUGGCUCCAACAUCCACCUCAGAUGUCGGCUCAGUCCAAGAGUCGGCAGCUGUAUUUUAACAUAACGAACAUGUAUUUCUCACUUGCAUCAAAUUACAGUGCUACUUUUACAAAACUAGGUACUCUGCCGGGGAAAUAUAUGCAUAAAUGUUUUCUGAGGAUAGUUUUUCAGGGAUCAAAAAUGAAAAUUAAAUAACUAACUGAAAAAUCACAAGACUAAGGGGUAAGGGUACACAUGGGUUGUGGACUGACCCACCUCCUCCAGCUAUACCUUCGCCUAUCCGCUAGUCGGCCGGACGUUUUUCGCUGUGCUUCUUGGUGUAGUCCUCGGCGUUUUUCACGAAUUUUUUGCGGUCCUUAAGAAACUCCUCGGCCAACUCCGCCCGCAGUGGAUGCUCCGGCUCAGGCUCGUUGAUUAAGUCCACCAGUGCCUGGACGACCUGGUCGGUGCGUGUGGCCGGUUUCCAGUUCUCCGUACUGAUAAUGGGCAAGCACACCUGGCCCUUCUCAUCGAUGUUCGGAUGGUAGAUGCGUGUCUUGAAGUUAAUCUUGGGCGGCUUGAAGGGAUACUCCGCCGGGAAGUUGAUCUCGAUGCGGAAGGCGCCCUUGUUGUACGGCGGAUUGUCCGGCACAAUCAAUCCCGUCCAGCGCAGCAGGUUGUCAUCGUCCGCCUUAAUGUCCCGGAAGGCCUUCAGUGCGUUGCCCUGCAAAUCGCCCAAUUCUUUUCGCAGGCGUCGCGGCGCAGUCAUCGUGACGUCUGUGUGUGUGUUUCCUUAUGCUGGUGUGUGCGUGGGUGUGUGAGCAACGGAAAGAGGAGGGGGCCACCUUGCCAAUGUGUGCGUGUGCACUUUUGUUUGCCCUUGUGUGAGCUGCAAAUCGAUGGUUUCGUUUUCCGGAUGAGUAAUACCCUCGUUUGGCCGCCGGUGUUUCGUUGUUGGUGGGCUCCUAGUGCUCCAGUUGCGGCGUGUCACCUUUGAUUUUCGCACUGGCCCAAAAAAAA